AUGUCGUCUCUGCGCGAGCGUCAGGCAGAUCAAUCUCAUCUGCUCCUCGGCCGCUCUCGCGCGGAGCGCUUGCUCGACGGCAUUUACCAGAGACAGAAGAAGCACUUGCUUCAACAGCGACGCCGAGCUGCAGCGGAAGCUGCCUGGCGUAUUGUUCUCCCCGACGAGAAACGGCGUCGCCUUGCGCUGCCGGAAAGGGCGACGCCAGACCGUGAGUCCACUCAGCAGGCCGUGACAAAGCCCUCUGGUCAGGCUGCUUCACAGAAAGGGCCUUUAGCGUCGGAGCCGAAAAGCGUCGAGGACGCUGUCGCGACUUUGCAGCGCCACAUGUGGAAGAGGGCCAAGUUUGGGAAGACCGUGAAACUGCUCCAGCAGCUGUGGCAGUCGCAUUUCUCUCCCGCGACGAAGCGCUGUUUGUUCGCCGGGCUCCUGACGGCUGCAUCCACCGACACGUGUGUGAGUGCCGCUGAAGGCAGGGCGGAAAUCCAGGCCUUUUUCCGGGACGCGGUCGAACCCCUUCUGCAGAAAGACAAGCAGAAGAAAGAGGACCUAGAGUGUCUCUUAGAAGGAGUCCGGACGGAGCGGAGGAGAGCGCGCGAAGCAGUUCUCCGCGCGCAACUCGAGGCCGCAUUGCACGGUCGGAAAACGGAAACAGAGAGCGAGCGAACGCGUGGUGGUAGAGGCGGCCACAGAGACGCUGGGAGGGAAGCGACAGUCGCCGCUGUGGCUGAAGCGGCAGCAGCUCUCGCGGUAGAUCACGAAGAUCGCAAGCGGACACUCCUGACGAGCCAGGAUACCGGAUCCGCGGCGGCCGGGGGCCUGGGAGAGGAGCCGGGAGAGGCAGAGGGAGCAGACGCGGACGGAGAGACGCUUGAAGUGACCUUGUCGGACGCGGAGCGAGAACUCCUCGAAAUCCUUCAGUUGAGAUGCAAAACGCAUCUGCUUCUGUUUACGGACGAUCCCUUCCAGUUCAACCAGCAAAUCGCUGAGUUGCGACGGGCAGUCGACGCGAUCGUAGAAGGAGUACAGGCAGCGAUAGAAGCAGGGGAAGUAGAAGAGGAUGCAGCGGCAGAGGACGAGGGAGAUGCAACACCCGAUGAUAAAGAAAAUCAUGCGACUAGCGACACCGGUGCCUCAGACAUACCUGACGGCAGCCUUCUUGCAGAGGCCCCUCGUGCCGCUGUGUCAGACAUUUCCCCGUCGAGGCCGCGCGAGACUUCUUGCCCUUCCGGCGCACAGCCGAAGCCGGACCCCGAAAAGCAUUCGACGGCAACAGAGAAUGCCUCCGCUGAGGCAGUCAGCGUGUCGCCGCGGAACAGACAGGAAGAAACUCAGAAAGAAGGCACGCCGGCUCAGCCUGAGCUGGCGCCGCCAGCCGCACCUGAGGAAGGAGACGGCGGAGAGAGCCACGGCAGCUCGACGUCGGGUUCGAAGACGAAGGGAGAGAAGGAAGACAGUGACGACGGCGAGGCGGGCGAGGAGAUGCUGCAGGAAUCUCCUGAGGUCAAAUGGCCCCUGCCGCUUAGGAAGUAUGAGCUGCUGAAUUUAAUGCGUUGUUUCUUCAUGGACUGCCUCGCGACCAUCUUCUCGUACCGCGGUCUGUCCUGGGCGCGCGCAUCGAUUGAGCAGCUCUUCCAGCAUGUGUAUCUCCACCGGUCGAGUUUCUCUGAGAGCGAUCAAGACCAAAUCAGUCUCUGGCAAGCGCAACUCAAGGUUCCGCACAAGACCGCCACCAAAAUAACGGCCCUAGGUAUUGGUGAAGCCGCACACCCCGUGCAAGACGGACGCGAUGAGAGAAUUUCUACUGUCCACGGAUCCGUCGUGUGGAGUGCAAAGCAGAUGGGGUGCUAG